ACCGGGGACCGGCCGGGGAGGGCGCGGGCCGAAUCACUGCCGCCGCCGCAGGGCACAUGACUGCGGCCUCCGCCCCCGCCCGCCUCCCAGCGCAGUCGCCGGCGGUUGCCUCGCGGGGUUGCGGCGAGCCCGGCCCGCGAACGUCACGUCCCUGCGCACUCCCUGCACUCUCCCGAGCUGCGCUAGGCGGGCGCCACGGCUGCCCGGCGAAGGAAACCGAAACCGAGUCCGGGCCCGUCCCUCCGCGGCCCCAUCCGCCCCGUGCACCCGGGGCCGCGCUCGCCAGGCCGCGGAGCCCAGAGCUGCGCGCACGAACCGGGCGCCGGGAGGGCGUGGCGCCGAAGGGUCCCGGGUCUUCGACGCCUCUGCGGCGGCUCCUCCCUCCUUGCAGUUGGAUCCCUGGCGGGUGCGGCUCGGCCCGGCCCGUGAGCGGCGCACAGAAUGGGCCGGUGCUGCUUCUACACGGCGGGGACGUUGUCCCUGCUCCUGCUGGUGACCAGCGUCACGCUGCUGGUGGCCCGGGUCUUCCAGAAGGCUGUAGACCAGAGUAUCGAGAAGAAAAUUGUGUUAAGGAAUGGUACUGAGGCAUUUGACUCCUGGGAGAAGCCCCCUCUGCCUGUGUAUACUCAGUUCUAUUUCUUCAAUGUCACCAAUCCAGAGGAGAUCCUCAGAGGGGAGACCCCUCGGGUGGAAGAAGUGGGGCCAUACACCUACAGGGAACUCAGAAACAAAGCAAAUAUUCAAUUUGGAGAUAAUGGAACAACAAUAUCUGCUGUUAGCAACAAGGCCUAUGUUUUUGAACGAGACCAAUCUGUUGGAGACCCUAAAAUUGACUUAAUUAGAACAUUAAAUAUUCCUGUAUUGACUGUCAUAGAGUGGUCCCAGGUGCGCUUCCUCAGGGAGAUCAUCGAGGCCAUGUUGAAAGCCUAUCAGCAGAAGCUCUUUGUGACUCACACAGUUGACGAAUUGCUCUGGGGCUACAAAGAUGAAAUCUUGUCCCUUAUCCAUGUUUUCAGGCCCGAUAUCUCUCCCUAUUUUGGCCUAUUCUAUGAGAAAAAUGGGACUAAUGAUGGAGACUAUGUUUUUCUAACUGGAGAAGACAGUUACCUUAACUUUACAAAAAUUGUGGAAUGGAAUGGGAAAACGUCACUUGACUGGUGGAUAACAGACAAGUGCAAUAUGAUUAAUGGAACAGAUGGAGAUUCUUUUCACCCACUAAUAACCAAAGAUGAGGUCCUUUAUGUCUUCCCAUCUGACUUUUGCAGGUCAGUGUAUAUUACUUUCAGUGACUAUGAGAGUGUACAGGGACUGCCUGCCUUUCGGUAUAAAGUUCCUGCAGAAAUAUUAGCCAAUACGUCAGACAAUGCCGGCUUUUGUAUACCUGAGGGAAACUGCCUGGGCUCAGGAGUUCUGAAUGUCAGCAUCUGCAAGAAUGGUGCACCCAUCAUUAUGUCUUUCCCACACUUUUACCAGGCAGAUGAGAGGUUUGUUUCUGCCAUAGAAGGCAUGCACCCAAAUAAGGAAGACCAUGAGACAUUUGUGGACAUUAAUCCUUUGACUGGAAUAAUCCUAAAAGCAGCCAAGAGGUUCCAAAUCAACAUUUAUGUCAAAAAAUUAGAUGACUUUGUUGAAACGGGAGACAUUAGAACCAUGGUUUUCCCAGUGAUGUACCUCAAUGAGAGUGUUCACAUUGAUAAAGAGACGGCGAGUCGACUGAAGUCUAUGAUUAACACUACUUUGAUUAUCACCAACAUACCCUACAUCAUCAUGGCGCUGGGUGUGUUCUUUGGUUUGGUUUUUACCUGGCUUGCAUGCAAAGGACAGGGAUCCAUGGAUGAGGGAACAGCGGAUGAAAGAGCACCCCUCAUUCGAACCUAAACAUUGCCUUUGCUUGGUGAAGAAACUGUGUGAGCUGUCCUGACCUGGACGAUGACGUGGGGAAACCCUCCACCUCCUUGCAGGCUUGUUGCCUGUUGAAAGAAGGAAAAAGACACGGCGCUGGCAAGUGAUAGGAACAUUCUGGCCAGAGGUUAAAGAGCAGGCUGACAUGGCUGGCCAUUAAGCUUUAUAAAAUCAUGUGGGCUCUGAAAUUGUUCUUUUAUGUGUCUAGCAAGUAUUUAAUAAACCCUUGUAUAGUAAUUUUGUUGUUGUUGGGUGCUGGUAGCUCCAGAAUUUUGUGACCACUGUUGUGGGUAAAAUGUCUCUGCAUCACUUGUUAAUGCUACUUGGUCUAACUUCAUUCAGUAUGCUUCAUUCACCGAACUUUGUGCUCAAAAUGCGUAUAUACCAUUUUAUGUUGUAUUCCUCCAUUUCACUUGCAAAACAGAAGUAAAUAAGAGUUCGGGACCCAGGGUAAAAUGGUAGCUUCAUCCAAUAUAUCAUUCAAAUGCAUCUGAUUUCUAAAACAUAUUACAUUUUAUGCUGAUCUUCAGUUCAUAAUUCCUCCAGGAAAACUCAGUCUUCCAACUACAAUAAAAUACUGGGUAGAAUCAAAUGGGAAAGGGGUUGGGUGGGGCAAUACCCAUGAGUUGAUAGUGAUAAGCUCCUAAGGAUUUUUAACUUGUACUUUUGUGAACGAAGAGAAUGCAUAAAUAAUGUUGGUGAGGAUAAAGUACAGAUAUUUCAUGUAGAAUUAAAUGCUAGUUAUGAUGCUGGUGGAUAGUUAACUGUUUUUUUUUAGUCAAAAUGAUCGUGCUACGAAAAGAUGCUUCUGAGAGAAUGUAAUGAGUAACUGAUUUUUCUUCCUGAGUCGCCCUUGCCAAAUAUGUUACUGUAUUAAUUAAUCUAAUAUUGAGUGAUUAUUUGUAAAAUUAUGAAUAUGGGAAAUCCAUCUAUCUACAGCCUAAGUUACACAUAAGUUUCAGAAAGUCUGAUUAGACUAAAGAGAUAGUUCUUCUGGGACAGCCUUCUUCUUGGUAAUUUUGAAGUUCUUUUUACAAGUUCCUUCCUCAGAUUCAGUUCUUUCCAGUGUUUUGUAGCUCACUGUCACUCACUGAAUAGAGAAACGUGUGCCCUAUACUUCCUGUGACAAUCAUUUUGCUGACAGAAUGAUGGAUGUUUAAAAUAUUGCAGAAAGUACUUUAAAGAAAGGUCUGUUAGGACCAGAAGCAGAGACACCACUUUUCAAAGGACUUCUUGGUUUCAGCAUAACCUAAGACAGGGAAUUGGGAGCCAUCAUAUGUCACAGUGUUCAGAAUUCAAGCAUAUUUAAGGGCAUUUUCUUUGAUUCUCAAAGUUCAGCAUUCAUUUUGAAUUGAGAAGCCUAUACAUUUAGCUGACAAAGUGCUUAUAGAAUUUCUUAACAACUGAACCAUUCAAAAGGAUUUUUUUUUGUUUAAAACUGGAUUUCAAUGUAAGCAAAUGAAGAAAAAAAUAUAGAUUUCAUUUCCAUAGCUUCUUAUCCCUGUAUUGAGGUAAUAAAUUGUUUUACUGACAAUUUUUCCUUUUUCUACACUAAAACAAUAUGUGAUAUAUUUCCCCUCUUGAAGAGGCAAUUCAUUAAACUCUCAAAUUUUCUAUAGAAUCAAGAUAGAACCUUUAGAUACUCCAACUCACCAAAAUGUAAAAAAACUAACAAAAAUAUUUGGUCUUCAAUAAUGCUAAAUGUCUACAUUUUUAGAAUUUAUCAACAUUUAACUAGAUAAUUGGGCAUGUCUUAUUUAUGCAUAUACUUAUCCAUACUAAUAAAAUUGACAAUGCUAGUGCAUACUUAUUGGUUUAGUCCUAUUAUCAGGAUAUAAUCAUCUGCGAGGAGGAUAUUUUAAAUACUGUAAAUGAUAACAGUUAAUGAUAUACACAUUUAGACUGAGUUGCACACUGGCAGGGAGACCAAAAACAUAUUACUUCCAUACUUGUGUCAUGAUUCUUUUUUUUUUGAGAGAGUCUCACUCUGUCGCCAGGCUGGAGUACAGUGGUGUGAUCUCGGCUCACUGCAACCUCUGCCUCCCGGGUUCAAGCAAUUCUCCUGCCUCAGCCACCCAAGUAGCUGGGACUACAGGUGCGUGCCACCACGCCCAGCUAAAUUUUGUAUUUUUAGUGGAGACGGGGUUUCACCAUGUUGGCCAGGAUGGUCUCAAUCUCCUGACCCUGCGAUCUGCCCACCUCAGCCUCCCAAAGUGCUGGGAUUACAGGCGUAAGCCACCGGGCCUGGCCUGUUUUAUGAUUCUUAAUAGUUACUUGGUUUAAAUCACAUUUGAUACUAUCCUUCUGAAAAGUCUGAGACAGAUCUACAAACUACAGUCAAAAUUAUAGAUUAAGAGGAAUGAAUGCACCUAUUUGGCUUUAAGUUGAAGAUAAAUUAUUUCUCAUGCUCAUUUUCUUGCGGCAGUUAUCUUAGAAAGACCCCCAAAGGCUUUGUGAUUGUAAGCACUGUCAUGAUCACAGAAUGCAAGCUUCUGGUACCAUGAUCCUCAACUUAGGAAGAAACCAAGACAGAGAGCUUAACUCACUUCUCUCAGGGAAAAUUAGGAGUUGAGCACAGGACAGGAAAUGGGCUUUGCCACUUUUAGCUCCAGGCUUUUCCAACCAGACUUGAUUUCCUCAUGUUCUAGAAAGAUCACUAAUGGUCAAGUGGAACAAGCACUACACGACUAACCCCUAUUGGGGUUUUUAACUUAAGGGAGGCUAAUUUUUAAUUUAAACUGCUUGAGAUAUGAGUUCUGCAAAAGGUGGUCCGCAUCCUUGGCCCUCUGGGCAUUAUCACUAAAUUGCUUGUGCCUGUUAACAAGAAUACUGACCAGAAUGCUCUUCAUGUAGCUUAUACAGUUGGUUCACUUCAUGCGGUUCUUGACAUGUUUAUUUCUACCCUUAAUGCAAUGAAAUGUUUCAUUAAUAAAAAACCACUUUAUAUAAAA